AAAGAACUCUGUGUCCCCUUUGGGUCGUUUUUACACAUUCCGUGUUGAUUUGCUGAACAAAAGAAGAAAAAGUUGUAUUUGUGUUGAAUGCAUGAAACAGCUGACUUUUUCACAGGUGGAAGUUUAUUGUUUAACAUUAACGCGUUUUAGCCAGCACAACUUUACAGCUCAUCAAAUACUCAUCACUUAAUUAAAAAAAUUGUUUUUUUUAAAUUAAAAUGUUUUCGCUACGGCAAGUAUUAAUGAAGUCGUUAAGAAAUUUAAGGCUCUUAACGAAUACUAAUGUAAAAGCUGUGAGAGUUCAUAGACAUUACAUUCGUGCAUUUCUGAUUUCAUCAUUUGCUGGCUUCGUGGCUUAUGACGGUGUAUUUAAUGAAUUUACUUAUUGCGGCGCUUGUAAACGUUUUUUACGUUCCUUAAAAACGGCUGCUCUAAUAAGUAUUGAUUACGUGUUACUUUCUGAAUGUGACCCGAGUUACGAAUCUAAACUGAAAAAUGUGCAUCAAAGGAGUGCAAAUCGUCUGCUGGAGGCAUGCUUACUUAAUGGCGGUCUUUACAUUAAAGUAGGUCAAGGCUUUGCUGCCAUUAACCACAUACUACCCGAAGAGUACACUAGUACAUUGUCCAAUUUGCAAGAUAAAUGCUUACCUACUAGCCAAGCUGAUAUACAAAAAGUAUUUAUUAAGGAUUUUGGCCACAAACCUGAAGAACUUUUUAAAGAAUUCGAUUAUAAACCAAAAGCAGCCGCUAGUAUCGCUCAAGUUUUCAAAGCAAAGCUAGAAAAUGGCCAGGAAGUAGCUGUUAAGGUGCAAUAUAACGACUUACAAAAACGUUUCAUUAGCGAUUUAACUACCAUAAUAGUUCUACAUGAUAUUGUAGAGUUGUUUUUUAAAGACUAUAAUUUUGGUUGGAUUCUAAGGGAUGUACGUAAUAAUUUAGUACAAGAAUUGAAUUUCGUUAACGAAGCGAAAAAUGCUGAACGUUGCGCUAAAGAUUUAAGAAUCUUGAAUUUUGUUUACGUACCUAAAGUUUAUUGGACCCAUACAACGCAGCGUGUCUUAACUGUGGAGUGGAUUGAUGGCUGUAAAAUGCACGAUCUUCAAAGUAUAAAAAAUAUGCGACUACAAAUCAAAGACGUGGAUCGAAAACUCUUCCAAUUGUUUGCUGAACAAAUCUUCAAUUCGGGUUUUGUGCAUGCGGAUCCCCAUGCCAGUAAUAUUCUAGUAAGGAAAAGUCCCAGAACGGGUAAAGCUGAACUUGUGUUGUUAGAUCACGGUUUAUAUGAAGAAUUACCAGCUGCUGUUAGAAAGCCAUUAUGCGAAUUCUGGGAAGCCACUGUUUUAAAUGAUGAACACCGCAUGUUUAAAACCGCUCGACAAUUAGGUAUCAACGAUUACAUGAAAUUUGCUGAAGUAUUAUUUCAAUACCCUAUACGUACUCAUGGUGGGCGGAUGCCCACAAGAUUGAAUGCCGAUGACAUCCAGUAUAUGCAAAAGGUAGCAAAGCAAAAUUUUGAUUUAAUAAUGUCCACUUUGAAAGAAAUGCCACGCAAUAUGUUAUUUGUAAUAAGGAAUUUAAAUACCGUACGAGCGAUAGGACGUAUGCAUGGUGACGUUGUAGAUAGGCCUCGUGUGAUGGCCCUUUAUGCUCAGCGUUAUAUAUACAAAAAAUAUAAUUCAUUACAAGGUUUUUUCUUAUGGUUAUUUCGUAGAUUAUAUUUCGAAUACUCAUUUCUGUCUUUCACUUUAAAACGCUCUUGUUUAAAUUUAUACUUUUACACUCUGUACAAAUUAGGACGGGCUCCUGAAACGGCAACAACUAUAUUAAGAGAUCUGACCGGUGCGACUUAAAAAAUUGAGAAAGUAUUAGAUUAAGUGAAAAGUUAAACUGUAAUUGGUGCUCUAUGUUUGUCUACAUUGUUGCUUUUUUCUU